AAACCUCAAUAUCAACAAUAUAUCAACACUUGAACUAAAUGUCACUUCUUUGCCAUAAUUCAUAUCAUUUAUUGAGUUGUCUUUUGAAAAGAUCGUCAGUUUAUUAGUGCUUUUAAAAUAAUUUUAUUGUUUUAAUAAUUAACCAAAAAAUGGCUCAACAAGAGAAAGGUGUCUUUCAAAUGGGUUGUCAUACUCUAAGUAUUGAUUCAUCUCUCCAUCGUCUCAAUCGUCAGCGACUCGUCAACCGAUUGAAACCAAAAAACUUGGGAUCAAAUGUGUUGAUUGUAUUACAGGGAGGAGAGACUAAAAAUAUGUAUUGUACUGAUAUAGAGCCCAUCUUUCGUCAGGAGUCAUACUUUCACUGGACAUUUGGUGUCCGCGAACCUGACUUUUACGGUGCUAUUGAUGUCAAUACUGGUCGCUCUUAUUUGUUUACACCUAAGCUUCCCGAAUCGUAUGCCAUUUGGAUGGGAAAACUAUUGACUCUUCAAGAGAUCCGCGAUAUUUAUGGUGUGGAUGAAGUGCAUUAUGUAUCAGAUAUUGCAAAUGUGAUUACAGGUCUCAAACCUGAACUUCUAUUGACACUCGAAGGACUAAAUAGUGAUUCGGGAUUAACGACUAGAGAAGCAGUUUUUGAUGGAAUCGGAAAAUUCAAAGUCAAUAAUAAAAUUCUUUACAAUGAGAUCACUGAAUGUCGUCUUAUUAAGACAAGCGCUGAACUGCAAGUUCUUAGAUAUACUAAUCGUAUCAGUAGUGAGGCUCACAAAGAGGUUAUGAAAAAUAUCAGAUCCGGAAUGACUGAAUACCAAUUGGAGUCUAUAUUUAAACACUAUUCAUAUUAUAACGGCGGUGCACGUCAUAUGUCUUAUACAUGUAUAUGCGGUUCGGGCGAUAAUGGAGCGACCCUUCAUUAUGGACACGCCGGUGCUCCCAAUGAUAAGGUUAUCAAUGACGGUGAUAUGUGUCUCUUUGAUAUGGGAUGUGAAUACUAUUGUUAUUCAUCGGACAUUACCUGUUCGUUUCCCGCUAACGGAAAGUUUACUUCCGAUCAAAAGAUUAUUUACGAAGCAGUUCUGAAAGCUAACAGAGCUGUUAUGGCAGCAGUAAAACCUGGAAUUUCGUGGCGUGACAUGCAUUUGCUUGCAGAACAAACUCAACUACAAGAACUUAUUAGACACGGAUUACUAAAGGGUGACAUCAAUGAUAUGAUGUCCGCUCGUUUGGGUUAUAUAUUUAUGCCACACGGAUUGGGACAUCUUAUGGGAAUUGAUGUACAUGACGUCGGUGGCUAUCUAGAGGAUUGUCCUCAACGUCCUAAAGAACAGGGUCUCAGCAGUUUAAGAACUUGUAGGACUCUAGAAGAAGGUAUGGUAUUAACUAUAGAACCGGGAAUUUAUUUCAUUGAAGCACAGCUUAAGAGAGCUAAAGAUGAUUCAAAUCUGUCAAAGUUUAUUGUGUGGGAUGUUAUCAAUAGAUUCAGAAAUUUUGGUGGAGUGCGAAUUGAAGAUGAUAUUGUGAUUACAAGCACUGGUAUGGAGUUAUUGACUGACGUUCCCCGAACUGUCGAUGAAAUCGAGGCAUUGAUGGCUGAGGGACGCAAACUUGAUGUCAAGUUUCCUCAACAAAAAAUGUUAAAAUAAAUCUUUUACGUUAAUUAUAAUAAG